AUGGAUUUGGAUGAUAAAAUUGAUAAAUUAAAAGAAGGUUUAGAUGUUAAUCUUUUUAUUUCAAUUCAUAAAGAUUUUUUAAACCAAAAACUUUUUCAACUUUCAAAUGAACGUUUAGAAAUUUUAUACAAUUUUGCACUUAAAAAUUCUCCUCAAGAUUUUUCUUUUCAUCAAAAUUUUAUAUCUUUUGUACCAGGAUAUUUAUCUCAAAACUAUAAAGAUGAAAAUUUAAAUUCAGCACUAUUAAAUCAAUUAGAGUCUGAAUUAAAAUUAAAAAAUAAUAAAUCAUAUAAAUAUAUUAAUAUUGCAUUAAAAACAAAUUUAAAAUCAAUUAAUAAUGAAUUAUCAAAUAAAAUAAUGAAAUUAAUAAUAAAUGAAAUAAAUAAAAAUGAUAAAGAAACUAAAAAUAUUUUUUAUUUAUUAAAUUCAAUUUUACUUUUAAAAGAAUUAAUAGUUGAUAAAGAUUUAAAAGAAGAUUAUGAAAAUUCAAUUUUAAAUAUACUAAAGAUUAAAAAGGAUUUUAUUAAAGAAAAAAAGAAAAAUGGUGAAGAUUAUAAAGAGGAACCAUUUGUAUCAUUUUCAAACUUUUUAUACAUUUUAGAUUUAAUUAAAAAGAAAAGUGUGAAUGAAAUUGAAUUUGGUAAAAACAUUAUAGAUUUAAUUUCAAUUUCAAAUCAUUUCUCGAAAUAUAUUCAAAUAAAGUUUAAUAAAGAAAUUUAUAAUACAAUUGAGAAGAAAUACAUCAACAAACCAAUUUAUUUAGAAAUCCUUAAAAUUUUAUUAAAAAAUUAUAGAUUUUCAAUUGAUUUCUUCAAAAAGAUAAUUAAAUCAAUUGGAGAUAAAACAAUUAUAAAGUUUUUAAGUAAUGAAGCUAUUAUUAAUUCAAAUUUUCCAGUUUCAAUUGAACUAUUUCAACUUUUAUUAAAAGAUAAAACAAUUAUUAAAAGGGUACCUGAAAAUUUUAUUAAUACAGAAUUUUGUUUAAAACAAUUGAAUGAAGAUAAUAGAGCAAUUAAACCAUACAUUUUCGAAGCCAUUGAAAAUCCUUUACUUGAAAUUAUAAAUAAUUCAUCAUCUGGAGUAUUCAAAUACUUACAAUUAUAUUCUCAAACAUUUAAUAAUAUCAUAUCCAGUAAAUUAUCAAUUGAAUCCCAACUUUACAAAUUUUUUAAAAAUGUUUCAAUCACUGGUACUCCAAUAAGAUAUACCUUUUUAAAAUCAAUAAUUCAUCAAUUAAUUAUGAUAUUAAAUGUAAAUCAAAUCAUUACAUUUUUAUUACCAUUAUUUCCAAAUGAUUGUAAUGAUUCAAUAAUUUUUAAAUUAAAAUUACAAUCUUUUCCAUUCGUCAUUCCUUCAAUUGAUAAUAGUAUUAAUAAUAAUAAUAAUAAUAAUAAUUGUACUUUAUUAUUACCAUCUUCUUCUCUUUCUUCCUCUUCAUUAAAUAUAACAGAAAUAAUAAAAACAAUUAAUGAAUUCAAUUAUAAAAAAUUACCAUUUUAUUUAAUUAAAGAUAUAAUAAAAAUUUUAAUUGAAGAUUCAAAUACAAGUCAAUGGUGUAAAUUACAAGUUUCUUUAGUAUCAUGGAAAUUCUUUGAAAUAUGUAGAUCAAUUAUGAAUAAUAGUGUCACAAGACCAAUUGAAAUCUUUGAUAACUUUGAGUAUAAUUGUAUUGAAGAAGAGGACCGAUUUUCAUUGUUGUUGCCAUCAUGUAAAUAUUUAAAAAUAAAAAGUUUUAAUGAAUCUUCUUACGAUUCAUAUAGAGAGACUUCUUUAGUGAAUUAUGAUGAAUCAAAUCUAUAUCAUUUCAACUUCCCAACCAUGUCAAUAGAUUCAAAAUAUUCCAACAAAAUACUCAAAAAUUUUUUAAAUUACUCUUUGGAAAUAUUAGAAUUAAAUUUAAUUGAACCAAGUCCUUAUCUACUCAAAUUCUUUAUUUCUUCUCAAAAAAGGGAUGAUCCUACCAACUCAAAGAAAUUAAUAUUAACAUUAACAACUGGUUCACUAUUUGAAAAUUUUGAAUUGUUAUUAAACCUUAAUUUUGAAAUUCAUUUAAUUUUUCUUUUUAAAAAUUAUAUACCAGAAUUGGAUUUUCUCUACUUAUUCAAAGAAAAUACACUACAGGGUGAACAUUCAUUAAUUUUAAAAGAUAAAAUCAAAAGUAUGAUGGUAUCAAUAGGUAUGUUCUUUUUUGAAGAAUUUCAAAGUAUACAAUUUCCAAGUCAUUUAAUUCUAUUAAUUGAAGAAUGGGAUCCGAAUCAUGAAUCAUCCGGUACAGAUCCAUUAGAUGAAUUUCUAAUUUCAAAGAAAUUCAAAAACCCAAAUUUCAAUAACAUUUUAAAAUUAGAAAUUCAAUUCAACACCGAUUCAUUUGAUCUAAAGAAAAUACUAUCAAUUUUCCAAUGUGCAAAAUCAUUAUCAUCUUUAAUUAUUAUAUUAAAUAUCACACAAAUUGGUAAUGAUAAUAAUUAUUUCAUUCAAGAUUUUUUAAAUCAAAUAUUUAAUAUUCUCUCUUUUAAACAAUUUUCAAAUAUAAAAUAUUUAAAAAUUAAAAAUAAUUUUGGUUAUCCAAUAUUUGAAAACAAUCUAAUUCCAAAUAAUAAUAUAUUUUAUUCAUUCAAUUUUAUUGAUUUCUUUAAAAGUGAUGAACAAAAACCAAAAGAAAACACAACUCCAGAAGAUGAAGAAUCUAAUGAAAUUCAAAAUUCUUUUGAAACAAAUAAUUCCUUUAGUUAUGAUGGUGACUAUGAGUUUAGUGAUAAUGAUAUCGAUAACUUUAGUAAUAAUGAAGAAGACUGA